UCUUCAUUUUUUUUCCAAAUGACCACCAUUACUGAAACAACACAGCGAACAUCAUCCAAUCAGCAGCGACCAAGAUUUCGUCCACCAUUAUCCGUUCAACGAUAUCUUUAUGUUUGUGAUGUUAUUCGACAUUUAAGCCAACAUCAACAUCAACAACAUCAUGAUGAUGAUAAUGGUGAUGAUAAAAAAUCUAUUGAAUCAGUGGCUGAUCUUGGUUCCGGUUGUUGUCGUCUUGCAUGGCAUCUAAAACAAUUACCAUUUCUUCGUUGUAUUCGAUGUUUGGAUUUGAAUGAUAAUUGUUUUGAAGGUAAUACCUAUGUUGUGCCAUCAAUGGAAGAAAGACUUACAGAUAGAUCAUGUCCAUUACAAAUUGAAUUAUAUCAAGGUGAUGUACGACAAAAUGAUUAUCGAUUUCUUCGCACAGAUAUUGUUACUUGUGUUGAAAUGAUUGAACAUUUACCCAUUGAAUCAUUGGAUUCAUUUGCAAUGAAUGUUUUUGAUUUCAUACGACCACGUUAUGCCAUAAUAACGACACCGAAUUUUGAUUAUAAUGAUUUAUGUCGUAUGAAAAAUGAUAAUGACGUGGAUGAUGAUGAUGAUAAUGAUGAUAAUCAACGUGAUCAUUAUCGUGAUCCACGUUUUCGUGAUUGUGAUCAUUAUUUUGAAUUUACACGUCAAGAAUUUAAACAAUGGUGUGAUCAGAUUCUAGUGAAAUAUCCACUAUACACAUAUCGAUUAUCAGGUGUUGGCCGAUUACGAUCAUUGGAUCCAGAUAUGCAACGUGGUUAUGCAACACAGAUAGCUAUUUUUAAAAGAAAAUUCAACAACGAUGAUGAUGAUGGUGAUGAAGAACAACAACAAUCGAAUGGUUCAAUACAACAAAAUUAUCAUCAUAUUCGAACACAUUAUUUUGGACAGCCAUGGAGUCGUUGGAAACCAUAAUCAACAUUGAUUUGAAUCUGUAUUUAUACAAAUGAAAAAAAAUUUUUUUUUUUGUGUGUGUGUGAUGUGUCUGUAUUUUCACCCCCAUUAAUGUUGAUUAUUAUUGUACAUUUUUUUUUCUUUUUAUCAUUGAAAAUUUUCACAAAUAAAUCGAUUA